GCCGCGCCCUCCCGAGGCCGGCGCCGCGGCGGGCGCGCCGCGCGGCGGUGCGGACGGCGCGGCCGCCUGCCUGGCGGGGCCCGCGAGGCGAUUGGCGCGCGAGCUGUUGGCGGCACAGGAGCUGCUUGGCUCUAUCACUCCUCCGCCUCCUGCGACGUCCUGGAGAAGCUCGCUGCGGACGUCCCUGGUCGCCACGCUGCGACGGCGGUUGGCCUGGCGAAUGCCCACCAGGAGGCUUUGCUGUCCGCGCUGCGCUCGCUCAAGGCCACCAGCGCAGGUGCAGUGGCCGCACCAUUGGCUGCCGCCGCCGGCAGCAGCCCACUGCGCGUGGCUGCUGCGGAGCUGCUAGAGGAGCUGGUGGGCUGCGAGCGUUCGCCCUCGCUGGCACCGCCGGCGCCUGCGGACCUGCUCGGAGCCAGUGGGAGUCGCGGCAGGCUCCCUGGCGCAGCCACGCCAGCCGCCGACUUGCGGCAGCAUGGUACCUGGUGGACGCCAGCUGGGCAGCCUGGGUCGGCAGCGCCCUGGGUCGGCGCCAGGAGCUGCCCCAGGCCACCGUUCGCAGCCUUCCCGCCCGCCUCGUUGCCAUCGCCAUCCUCGAGUGUGGCAAGCGGCCUCCCUGCCAGAGCGUUGUUUACAGGCACGCCGCGCGCACCACCGGGUGAGGCGGCGGCAGCGGCGCCGCCGCCGCCGCCAGUUGUGCCUGGUGCCCCGUGCACUCGUGGGCUGACGGCUGCGUGUCCGGCUCCGCCAGCGGCGGGAGCAUUGCCGCCGCUGCCAGAGCUGGGUAAUCUGCUGGCCGGCCCGGGCCCCUGGGCGCUUUUCAGGCCGUACGACCCGCCGCCGUCGUGAGGCGCCCCGCCACCGUGCGCCAGGCUGCAGAGAGAGAGGAGGGUGCGAGGAUGCUGAAGGGAGGCGAACAAAAAGGCGCGGGAGCCAGCACUCUCGAAGAGAUAAGCGGCUCGGGAAAUGAGCGUUGCCUUGCAGUGUGCCACAGGUUGAGAUCUAGGCUUGAUUGAUGGCUGGAAGUCGAUGGAGGCAACCGUGUUCAUGUGCAGGUGUGGCGUAUCAGCUGACCGCGCCAGUCGGUGUGCCAAGCAUGCCGCGCACAGCGCGAAAGCUGGCUCGGGUCCCCAGAACGAGGGUGCACUGUAGCGAAGUCGCUGGACUUUGCCUGCUGUGUUGUGGAGUAGACAGCUAUUUGCCCACCUUGCGUAGAGAAUCAGUCGAACGGGCUCAUUCACGCACGAUGGCGAAGUGCCAACAAGAGGCUGAGUGGCUGGGCUGGGCUGGGCUUGGUGUGCCUGUAGCAUCUGUCGGGGGCCGCUAUCGAAACGA